UCGCUCACCAGCGCGGCGAACACCGAGACCUCGGUCUCCAAGACCAAGAUCUCCGCGGCCAAGGUCCCCUAGACCUCGGUCACCACACCCCAAAUCUCCGCGCAAACGGUCACCCGUGCGUCGACCAGCAUCCCCGAGGAGAAACAACCAGUGGACAAUGGUGUCUUCUGUAAUUGAUGUAUGCGUUUUAAAAUUAAGAGAAACUUUUACCAUGGCCUCGAUUUUAAAAAAUAUAGAGUCCAGCCUGCAAAUGAAAUAUAAAGAGUUGUGUAAUGGGAACCUGGAUUUUUGUGUUCGUUUGCUGAUGAUGGAAAGAAAUGGAGCUCACAGAAUGUAUUACCCUGCCGAAGCCUACCUUGAUGAUCAACAUAGAAUUUGGAGAUAUCUUUAUUUUAACGUUUGAUUUUCAAGCCUUCUGAGCUGAUUGAUUGAGCUGUUAAGAAAUUCAAUAAAUUCAUCGCUUUAGCUUGUUCUUAUGCCUGGGCUGCUAACUUGCCCCUGAGAUAGGAGGAUGUGAGAUGUAUGAGCCAUUAUUGCUUGUACCCGAGACCAUAGUUUUAUCUAUAACUGGCUAUGGUUUCACUCCAAAGCCGCAUGUGGCUUUUUGUACAAGCUGUGGCUGAGGGGGUUGACAAGCCAGCAUGUGAGAGCCACAUCUUAAAUACUCUCUUGCUAGCAGAUGACCCUCAUCCAUGCACAGUUCAUGAUGAGCACAAGAGCAUGGUAUAAUUUAUAGUAUGCUCUGUUUUAUUCAAGUGGUUGAGACGAACUGGUGACCAGGGGGCCUCCCGCCGAGGGCCACGUAGUCCGCCUCCAAGACUAGGCUUUGGUGCCAAUAAUGGAAUGGCUGGAGGAGGAGGACAGGGAGGCACUGGUGGUGCAGGUGGCGGGGGUGGUGGUGGUGGUGGAGGAAGACGCAAAGGGAAGCGUAAUCGGCGUAGGAAGGCACGUAGAGGCGGAGGAGGAGCAGGUGGAUUAGGUGGUCUGGAUAGAGUCCCACCUAUGUCCGGAGGUAAUCGACAGCCUAUUGCAUCAAUGCGAAUGAGAAUGGAUGAUUACCGGCCUCCACGGACUGGUAGGCUGCUUGGAGACCCUAAAGAUGGGGAGAGGGGUCCCAUUGAGCAGGCUGUAGUGCGAGCUAGGCGAGAGGCCACAACUCGCACGAAGGAUACAUUCUGGACGAAGAAGUUGCUGGAUGCUGAGGCAGCACAACCAAACAGGUGGGCACACAGUGGCUUCAAGGAGCUUUACAGAGAUGAGCUAGGCUAUAGUGACAUUGGGGAGGGAAGUGGUGAGGAAAAGGGAGGAGGAGAAAGGGCUUCGUCACAUCCACGUGACCCCAGAGACCCUUCGGGCAUUGGUCCUCGCAAGGUUGGAGCCUCCCCCUCCCGCCCCAGAUCCCCACGUGACCCACGGCGGAGGACACGAAGCCGUUCGCCACACUCAGCUAGGAUAUCUCCACGUCGAUCUCCAGUUAGAACUGGCCAGAGAUCACCUAGGGCUUCACCAAGACAGUCACCAAAACCAGUGUCCAGGAAUAAAAGGCAUCAUAGUUCACGUUCACCCAGUCGAUCACGUGGUCGGAAACGUUCAUAUUCUAGUAGUUAUUCAAGGUCAUCGUCAAGCAGCAGUGGUUCUUCUUACUCUAGAAGUUACUCUUCUUAUUCCCGUUCAUCAUCAGGUUCUUCAUCAUCAUCCUUUUCCAGCACAUCAUCAAGCUCUUCAGGAUCUAGACGUAGGCGUUCGUAUUCUCCUCCUCGCCGAAGGAGGUCGUACUCUAGUUCACCUCACCGAGGAAGAGUUAACAGAAGGCAGCCAUCUCCUCAGCAAGUCAGGAUUAAACAGAUAUCACAUCAGGAGACAACUAAAAAGCUAGUGACUAAAACUGUUAGUAAUAUAAUUAAAACAAAAACUAGAGCAAUUCCAAAACUGCCAAAGUUGAAAAAUAAAAUAAAAAUAAAAGAUGGUGAACGUCCUGUGGCAGUUCCUGUUUCCGUUCGGAGGAAAGCUCCACGUUCUCCUGCUCCAUUGCCUACAAAUACCUUUUAUGAUGGAGCAUCUGUAGGGCAGGUUGUAGAAGAACCAACAGACUUCAGAGGUCCAGAAACGCCACCAAGACCAGUUCCUGAGGGUCGGCAUUUGCUGGAUCCACAUCAUUAUAAAGUAGUUCCACCAGAUCAUCCUGAUUAUCACCAGCCGCCUCCACCACCUAGAGAAUCUCCAAGAUCUGAAGGAGAGGAUACAGAUUCAGAUAGCUCAACAGAGGAUGACGAUGGCCCACGACGUAUGACACUGUCUGAGAGGUUUGGUAAACUUGCCCAACUGAGCUCACAGCGUCAAGAAUAUGAAGGGGUGAGAAUGAAGAUAGUACGUGAGGGUGGCCAAGACAAGAAGGUGUAUUUGGAAGGUGGAAGAUUACAGUCAAGGUCACCAUCUCCAAGCAGUAGAAGCCGGUCAAAUCAUCCAGCUCAUGAACGUUGGCUUCAGGAACAUCAAACAGAAUAUAGGGAGUACCAAGAGCGCUACGGAGAGAUAAGGCAGUGGGACCCCCACAGAGACUUACCAAGGGAACUUCCACAAAAUUGGGAUGAUGUACAUGUCCGAUAUCGAUAUUAUAAGGAAUCAGGCUACUUUGGUGACAGAUCAAUUACUUUGGAUGAUUACCUGAAGUGGGAACAGUGGUGGUAUCGUUACAGAGACUGGCUAGAAAAAUAUGGUGGCACUCAAGAUGUCGAAGAACGAGACUGGCAGUAUCGUGGUUCAAACUAUGAGUAUGAGAGUCGUGGCAGUGGAAACUCUGUCUCUCAAGGAAGAUGGGUGAGAAGAGAAGCAUCAAGGGAAGCAGAUGAUAGGAAAAGAAGACGUUACUAAUCAAUUUUAAUUUAGUGGGAGGGUAAAAAGAUAGGUCUAUCUCUUCUAAAAUUAAAGAAAGAUUAUAAAUAAUUUUUUUCUUUAUUGUUGUGACUAAGCAUCCACUAGACUGGCAAGACAGUAACAACUGAAUAUAAUUUUCAGUACUUUUUACUAGUAGCAAUUUCUCAAAAUUGUAGCAUGUUACAUUUUUUUAAAUUUCAGUUUCAGGUUUGCAUUCCCAAAAAAUUUUGUCAUUACAUUUGAAGAGAGUAUUGCAGUUACAAAAUUACAAGUGUUGUAUAUUUCCCAUUCAUAAAUUGCACUUACUGUAGAUACAAACAGGAAUCUUUUAAAUUAAUGUAUGAAAUGGCAUGAGAAAAUUUUAAGCAGAAUAUUUAAAAAAAAAAUGCAAUUAAUAUUAAUUUGAAUAUUGAAAGUAUAGGAAUUAAGCAAUAAUUAAAGCAGCUAUUUUAUUUAUUUAUUUUUUUUUCCUUCCCUUAUGUCUGAGAUAGACAAGGGGACUAAGUUGUCUGUUUUGUUGGCUUAAACAUUGAAUAAUUGAUAAAUUACUAGCUAGUUGUGAAGACAACCAGCAACCCUUAAAUACUGUACUGCUUGUACUGUUCAGAUGGCAAGGCUUCCAGCUUCUUUACGCAGUGUUCUUUCAAAAGAUAAUGUGUCUGGAUUUUAUGCGGAGUAAUUUUUGUACUCAUUUUUCAGCUCUUGCACAGUGAUCUUGCUAUUAAGUUUUCAUCGUUGGGGCUUUUUUUUUUUAAGUCAGUUUGCAUUGCAUUCAUUGACAAGAUGGUUCUAAAUCAGUUUGAGGGUUACAUUUAAAUUAUAUAUAAUGACACUACUGUGCUGAUGAUAACAUUUUAACUUAGGUUUAAGUUGCACCAUCAGUUACAUGGUACUGUAUUUCGUAUUGUAGAAUAGUUAUAACUUGUGAAAUGUCAUCAAGUACCUGGAGUAAUGUGAAUAUUCUCUAAUAUGGGAAUGUUUUGUAUUUUGUAAUUCCAUCUUAUCCCAGCUUGACUUUGGGAUGGGCAUUUGGAGAUUAAACUUCGUGUGGUAUGUAGGAAAAGGAAUUGUGUAGAAUUUGUUCACUAACAUAUUUAUAUCAUUUUCAUUACAUAUUGAUAUAUAUUUCUUUUCAUCAUAAAGUGCAUUUUUCUUUAAUCAUUUGGAAGCAUAAUCACAUCUCUAUUAUAUUGAGUAUGUUUUUUGUAUUUGUAUGUUGGUAUUCCUCUGUACACUUUAUUUGGUUCAAGGCAUUCUAUUCGAUCUAUCCUUUGGUAAUGAGACAAACUCUACAAAGGUUGGAAAUUUUAAGUAUGUAAUGCUGAAGACAGAUUUUAGAUAUAUUUUAUAGUCGAAUGAAUAGUAUAUUAACUAUCAUAUCAGUUUGUGAACGACUUUUAUUUGUUGUUUUUAGGCAAGAAUACUUUUAUUCAUACGUGUUCAGUAGAGCAUAUUAAGAGGCAAGGUUUUGGAUAACUUUUUUCUUGUUAAAGCUUUUCAGUCAUGCUCAGACCACCUUUUUUGUGAUUCUAACAUCUUUUUGAAAUAGAAUUUUAUAUUACAUUAAGCUUCAGCCUUUUUGUUGUAAGUUUUGUCAGACUUUCGAGGUGACAUGGCCAGAGAUGGUUUAUGUCUGAGUAAAAUGUUAUGAUGUUUAUUGUACAAUAUAUUUGAAAUAAAUACUUAUAGAAAUG